CUAAGGCGGCCGGGGGGCGGGGCUGCGGCUGGUUCCGGCCAGGCCUGAUCGCAGCGGCGGCAGCGGCAGCCUCGGGGCUCGCAGCGCGGCCUCCCCGUCCCGCCGCCAUGGGCCUCGCGGUCUCCGCCAUCUUCUCUCGGAUCUUCGGCAAGAAGCAGAUGCGGAUUCUCAUGGUCGGCUUGGACGCUGCUGGUAAAACCACCAUCCUGUACAAGCUAAAGCUGGGCGAGAUCGUCACCACCAUCCCCACCAUUGGAUUCAAUGUUGAGACGGUGGAAUACAAGAACAUCUGCUUCACCGUCUGGGAUGUAGGUGGCCAGGACAAAAUCCGACCCCUGUGGAGACACUACUUCCAGAACACACAGGGCCUCAUAUUUGUUGUGGACAGCAAUGACCGAGAGAGAGUGCAGGAGUCUGCAGAUGAGCUACAGAAGAUGCUGCAGGAGGAUGAGCUGCGGGAUGCGGUCUUGCUGGUGUUUGCUAACAAGCAGGAUAUGCCCAAUGCCAUGGCAGUGAGCGAGCUGACAGACAAGUUGGGCCUGCAGACGCUCCGCAGCAGAACUUGGUAUGUGCAGGCAACUUGUGCAACCCAGGGCACUGGUCUCUAUGACGGACUGGACUGGCUAUCGCAUGAGCUCUCCAAGCGCUAGAACUUGAACCUUGAGGACUUUUCAGGCACUGCACUAGUCAUGCUCCUGCCUUCCGCUGCCCAGACGGCACUUUCAUGUUAACCAUCCUACCCAACUGCAUGUGUUCUUGUGAGGUGGAGCCUGUGCCAUGUCCCAGUGGGGCCUGUUGGGAGGGAGGGAGGGAAGUGGCAUUCACUUGCAUCUAGCGGGUGAGGGCAGGGUGUGUCUAAGCACUGAGCUGGUGGCGGCGUUCCAGUUACCUCCACUGGCAGCUUGUGAGGAAAGCCGUAGGUAACUGCUUUGGCCAUCACAACACUGCAGAACAGAACCAUUUCUCCUUUUUAUCCUUCCACGAACUUUAUAAUUGUUUCUCUUGGGGAGGGUGGGGGGCAGGGCAAGGCAGGGCAGGGCUGGGACUCUGACUGUGUAAUGUGCUAUUGUAUAUCGAGUAAUAAAACUCCACCAGUUUG